AGUUUAGAUGUGCAGCAACAGCUAAACGCCGUGUCAGGUUUCUCUGGGCUCGUGCUAAAUUUAACCCUCUGAUCCUGCAGCAGUCAGAGGGUUUAAAUGCCAACCUGCAGUUGCUGCUCCACACCAGUUGUUCUCCACACAUCUUCCUCUCUCCACUAACCCAGGCCAGAAGUGGGAGAGGCUCACUCACACACUCAGACCUAACACCCCUACAGAACACACACAGUAGAGGCCAGAGGAACCAAACCAGAGUCUUCGUCCCCUAAACUUCAGCGUCGACCAGUAUGGAGCUUUUUGAGACCAACCCCUACUUCUUCCCCGACCAACGCUUCUACGAAGGGGGGGACAACUUCUACCAGUCCCGGCUGCCGGGUGGGUAUGACCAGGGGGGCUACCAGGAGCGCGGGGGUUCCAUGAUGGGGCUUUGUGGGGGUCUAUCCGGGGGGGUUGGGGUAGGGUUGGGUGGAGGCAUGGAGGACAAGGCAACCCCCUCUGGUCUCUCGCCCCACCCGGAGCCCCACUGCCCCGGCCAGUGCCUACCCUGGGCCUGCAAGCUGUGCAAACGCAAGACUGUGACCAUGGACCGACGGAAAGCGGCCACAAUGCGGGAGAAGAGGAGGCUGAAGAAGGUGAACGAGGCAUUCGAGGCCCUGAAGAGGAGCACCCUGAUGAACCCCAACCAGAGGCUGCCCAAGGUGGAGAUCCUGAGGAGUGCCAUCCAGUACAUUGAGAGGCUGCAGGCACUUGUCUCCUCCCUCAACCAGCAGGAGAACGACCAGGGAACACAGGGCUUACACUACCGCACCGGACCUGCCCAACCCAGGGUGAGUAGGAGACAGGGACGGAGGAAGGAAGAGAUGGACGGAGUGAGGGAUGAAAGAACCACACCAACCUACAGUAGAGGACUGGGAGAAAGAGCAAGGUCUCGUCGUCGAGUGAGCAGGGAUCAGGCAGCACCUGCUGUAGCAGCCCAGAGUGGAGCAACACCUCAGACCACUGUACCCAGAGCUACAGCAACGAGGACCUCCUGAGUGCAGACUCUCCAGAGCAGACUAACCUGCGCUCUCUGACGUCCAUCGUGGACAGCAUCACAGCAGCAGAGGGGGCUCCGGUGGCCUACCCUGUACCUGUGGACAUUCCCAAAUAAACCCAGAGCAGCAUCCAUACAUGUGUGCUGUUAACAGGUCCAAUACAUCACAAAACCAUAUUUUUUUACUCCCUUCCAUGAGGAGAUAAUCACUGAUGUGAUAUAACUGGAUAGGUGAAAGCUAUGCAGCGAAACAUACUGUACAUUCCACCUAUCCAAGCAUGUUAGAUCAGUGACUACUUCAAUGAAGGGAGGAAAGAAGGGCAGGCCCUGUGUGUCCCAGCUAGGUACAAGCUAGCACUGGGACACCACACAGCACCAUACACACCCACACACCACACAACACCAUACACACCAACAUAGGCCAGGAGGAUUUUCCUAGUCAGGUCAUAUGAGCAGGACUAACUCCUGGCCCUAGGCUAAAGCCCUCAGACCUCUUCCAGGCCUGAAGCCUACCAAACCCUGUGGUCCACAUCUCCCUACCAGUAGGUUACAGGUCAGAUCCUCACCUGAGUACCCACUGACAUCAAUCUAUGCAUGUUUUAGGACAAAAAUACAGUUACCUGUGUGGAUCUCAAGUUAGAACUGAGGCCCUAAGUGCCACUGGAAAGGAGCAACGAGAAUUGUGGUUUUCUGUCCUGACUUAAUGCAGAAAAAUAUGUUUCCUCCUUUUCUAAAUCUUUCCCUGAUCUAUCUUGCAUUCUGUUUGCGUGUGUUAUGCUUAAAAACAUUAGUUUAUUAUUUGUGGGGCCAAUAUGUACCAUGGCAGUUUUGACCAAUGCAUCUGCUUAAUUUAAACUGGUAAUGAAUGCUAGUGAUGUAAAUACGUUCCAUUUUCUACAGAGUGGUUUUGCUAUUUUAUUUUCUAUUUUUUUGCUAACUUAUUUUUGAGUUUUAUAAUAAAGAUUGUUGUGUAUUUGUAGAUGUCCCAAGAAGUGAUGUUUCUGUCUAAACUUGCAUUAAAGACCAUUUUCAAUA